AUGGCCCCGCCUACGAACCGGUACGCCCAUUCUCGAGCGAUCCUCGGCGAUGAGCUCUUUGCCAAGGUGCACAACAGUCGUGUGCUGGUCGUAGGGUCAGUACCAUCGUCCGGUCCGGUCGCAGCUCCACCUCGUCUGGUGAGGUUCGUCCCCGAGUUGACUUUGCCUACGACGCGAUCAUGGCCGCUGCAGCGCCGGUGGGAUCGGUUGCGAAUUGAUCAAAAACAUGGGUGGGCAUUCGAGGCCACUUCUGGUGACACCCUCAAACCAACGCUGACCCCCCAUAUACCCCAGUCAUGACCGGCUUCGGAGGCGGCGCCAACGCGCUCAUCCAAGUGCUCGAUCUCGACACCAUCGACCUCUCCAACCUCAACCGCCAGUUCCUGUUCCAGAAACAACACGUCAAGCGACCCAAGGCUGUGGUCAGUGCCGAGCUUGCGCACCGCGACGAUCACGAAUCGAACUGAGCGCUCUCACCUUGCGUUGGUUGCGCAGGUCGCUCGCGAGACCGCGCUCAAGUUCAACCCCAACGUCCACAUCGAGGCUUUGCACAGGAACAUCAAGGUGCGCGCACUGCCCCUGGGUCAACGGUCACGCCUUGGAUCGGCCCAUUGAGAUAGAUCAGUGAUCCACAGGACGCCGAGUACAGCGUCGACUAUUUCAAAUCGUUCGAUUUCGUCAUGAACGCCCUCGACAACCUGGGUCAGAACUCCAUCCUAUCGAGCCAACACCUCUGGCACAUCAUCCUAAUCGAAACCUCUCUUUCGUGCGCAGACGCCCGGAGGCACGUCAACAAGAUGUGCUUGGCCGCCGACGUCCCCUUGAUCGAAUCCGGCACGUCCGGCUACACGGGCCAAGUCCAACCCAUCAAAAAGGACCAGACCGAGUGCUACGACUGUACAGGUGCGUGAUCUCCAUAUCCUAGGCGCACGAAAGACUAGUUACACUGCUGAUCACCCUUCCUCGACUCUCUUCAGCCAAACCCGUUCCCAAGACGUUCGCCGUCUGCACGAUCCGCAGUACGCCCUCCACGGCCCAUCAUUGCAUCGCUUGGGCCAAGAGCUACCUUUUCCCGUAAGCGGGAAUAUCUAUAAGCUCGUCCGUGUACAGUACUGAGUGUCGAAUUGCACCUCUCACAGUCAACUGUACGGCGCCGAUGACGAGGCCGAAGGGCAAGAAUUGGACGAUGCCGAGAAGAACGGCGAGAAUGGUGUGCCCUGAUUGCUCCUGCAUCCCUUGUGGCUGGGACCGAACUGACCCUCGAGCGACCGCUUCACAGCUGAGGAGAUCCAGGAACUUCGCAAAGAAGCGGCUGCGAUCAAACAACUGCGUGGAUCGCUGGCUGAACCUGGCGCUGCCAAGAGGGUGUUUGACAAGGUGGGUGCGCCCGCCCGACAACGUUCGAAGAGCCUUGUUUGGGCACACAAAGGGGCUCAAUCUGGUCGCACGCUCAACAGGUUUACUCGCAAGACAUCAAUCGACUGCUCAAGAUGGAGGACAUGUGGAAGCACCGCAAACCGCCUCACCCUUUGUCAUGGGACGAACUCUCGGCCUCGACCUCGACCUCGACCUCGACCUCGACGAGCGCGGACGCGGCGACCGAAUCGACUGCGACCCCAUCAGCUACGAACGGCUCGACCGGAGGUCUGAUCAAAGAUCAACGCACCUUAUCCCUACGCGACUCGUUCAAUCUUUUCAUCUCCUCCAUCGAACGUCUCUCCUCGCGCAUCUCCCCGACCUCCCCCCUCUCCUUCGACAAAGAUGACGACGACACCCUCGACUUUGUCGUCGCCUGUGCGAACCUGCGCGCAUCCUGCUUCAACAUCGAGUCACAGACCCGCUUCCAAGUCAAAGAAUACGCGGGUAACAUCAUCCCCGCUAUCGCGACGACGAACGCCAUCAUCGCUGGCGUCUUGGUCCUCCAAGCUCUCAACGUCCUUCGUAACGAUUGGGUCACGGCCAAGAUGGUCUACCUCUCCCGUAAUUCAGGCAGAGUUUUCAACCCUAUCGAAUUACUCGUCCCGAAUGAACAUUGCUCGAUCUGUAGGACCGUGUACGUCCCCAUCCACGCCAAAGCUUCCGCGACCUUGGGUGAAUUCGUCACGCAGCUCGUCGAAAAAGAACUAGGUUGGAAAGGGUUCGUCUCCAUCGCGCAGGGUUCAAGAGUGUUGUACGAACGUGAAGAUUUUGAAGACAACGAAGAUAAAACGUUGGUCGAAUUGGGCGUCGGGGAGGGGAGUUUCCUUACCGUUAUGGAGGACGAGGAAGAACCUCAACCUUGGCCGGUGGUGUUUUCGAUAGGGUGAGUCUCCCGAGACUCGAUCGCGAUCGUUUUGCGCGGGGUGGGGGGCUCGUGAGGGCUUUGCGGAUACGUUUUUCUGAUUGGUACGCGCGAGUCGAUGGACCCCUCCACACAGAUCGAGCUUAUCCGAUGAGGUUUCGGAGACGUUCAAAGUCGACGGGGAAAUCCCUUCCCCCAUUCCGAGGAAGGCGCCGAAACCUAUUGCCAAAGAGGACUUGGACGAUGCACAAAAGGACGACGACGACGAGUUCAUCAUCACCGAGGUGGAUGCUACGACGACGACGACGAAGAAGAAGGGAGUCAAACGGACGGCGGUGGAAGCGGAUUUGGAGGGGGAUGAGAAGACACAGAGUAAGGUGCAGAAAGUGGUCGAGGGUGGCGAGGUGGAGGAGGAGGUGUUGGUGCUUGAUGAUUGA